UGGAGAGUUCACACUGUUGCAUGCAUCCUUAUCAGUUCAACAGGCCUUUACACACAGCUUCUGAUGGAGUGGCAGCCGGAUGAGCAGGGACUUCAGCAGGUCCUUCAGCUGCUGAAAGACUCUCAGUCCCCAAACACAGCAACACAGAGAGCUGUUCAACAAAAACUGGAACAGCUCAACCAGUUUCCAGACUUUAACAACUAUCUCAUCUUCGUCUUGACGAGGCUGAAGUCUGAGGAUGAGCCGACCCGGUCGCUCAGUGGUCUGAUUCUGAAGAACAACGUGAAGGCUCACUACCAGAACUUUCCUCCUACAGUGGCAGACUUUAUCAAGCAGGAAUGUCUGAGCAACAUCGGGGACCCAUCCCCCCUUAUUCGUGCUACAAUCGGUAUCCUGAUCACAACCAUCGCCUCCAAAGGCGAGCUACAGACGUGGCCUGAACUACUGCCUCAACUUUGCAACCUGCUCAACUCUGAGGAUUACAACACAUGUGAGGGUUCAUUCGGAGCUCUGCAGAAGAUCUGCGAAGACUCGUCUGAGCUGCUGGACAGCGAUGCAUUAAACCGGCCACUGAACAUCAUGAUCCCUAAAUUCCUGCAGUUCUUCAAGCACUGCAGCCCCAAGAUCAGGUCUCAUGCCAUUGCUUGUGUAAACCAGUUCAUCAUUGGUAGAGCUCAGGCGCUGAUGGACAACAUCGACACCUUUAUUGAGAGUCUGUUUGCCCUGGCUGCAGACGAAGACUCCGAGGUCAGGAAGAACGUGUGCCGAGCGCUGGUCAUGCUGCUCGAGGUCCGCAUCGACCGCCUCAUCCCGCACAUGCACAGCAUCGUACAGUACAUGCUGCAGCGCACACAAGACCCAGAUGAGAACGUGGCUUUGGAGGCGUGCGAGUUCUGGCUCACUCUAGCUGAGCAGCCUGUCUGUAAAGAGGUGCUGUCAGGACACCUUGUUCAAUUGAUUCCUAUUCUGGUGAACGGAAUGAAGUACUCUGAAAUCGACAUAAUCUUACUCAAGGGUGAUGUGGAGGAGGACGAGGCUGUUCCAGACAGCGAGCAGGACAUUAAGCCACGCUUUCACAAGUCUCGCACAGUCACGCUGCAGCACGAGGGAGGCGAAGGGGAAGAGGGAGAGGACAUAGAUGAAGAUGACGACGAUGAUGACGAGACUCUGUCGGACUGGAACUUACGUAAAUGUUCAGCAGCUGCGCUAGACGUGUUGGCUAACGUGUUUAGAGACGAGUUGCUGCCACACUUGCUCCCUCUGCUGAAGGAUCUGCUGUUCCACCCAGACUGGGUGGUCAAAGAGUCUGGUAUCCUGGUGCUUGGGGCCAUUGCUGAGGGCUGUGUGCAGGGCAUGGUACCUUACUUGCCCGAAUUGAUCCCUCACCUGAUCCAGUGUCUGUGCGAUAAGAAAGCUCUGGUGCGCUCUAUAGCCUGCUGGACGCUGAGUCGCUACGCUCACUGGGUGGUUAGCCAGCCUCAUGAUGCCUACCUCAAACCUCUAAUGACUGAGUUGCUCAAACGCAUUCUCGACAGCAACAAGAGAGUCCAGGAGGCUGCCUGCAGUGCAUUUGCCACUCUGGAGGAGGAGGCUUGUACAGAACUGGUUCCCUAUCUUGGCUUCAUUCUGGACACACUGGUCUUUGCUUUUGGAAAAUACCAGCACAAAAACCUGCUCAUCUUGUAUGAUGCCAUCGGGACACUGGCUGACUCUGUGGGUCACCACCUUAACCAGCCUGAAUAUAUUCAGAAGCUGAUGCCCCCUCUUAUCCAAAAAUGGAACGAGCUGAAGGAUGAGGACAAGGAUCUGUUUCCUUUGUUAGAGUGUUUGUCAUCAGUGGCCACUGCUCUACAAAGUGGCUUCCUGCCCUACUGUGAACCGGUGUACCAGCGAUGUGUCACUCUGGUGCAAAAAACACUUGCUCAGGCAAUGAUGUUCAACCAACACUCAGAACAAUACGAGGCCCCUGAUAAGGACUUCAUGAUCGUGGCUCUGGAUCUGCUGAGCGGCCUGGCUGAGGGCCUCGGAGCGCACGUGGAGCAGUUGGUGGCCCGCAGCAACAUUAUGACCCUGCUCUUUCAGUGCAUGCAGGACACCAUGCCAGAAGUGAGGCAGAGCUCCUUUGCUCUGUUGGGAGACCUGACCAAAGCGUGCUUCCUCCACGUCAAGCCCUGCAUCUCUGAGUUUAUGCCCAUCCUUGGAUUGAAUCUCAACCCUGAGUUCAUCUCAGUGUGCAACAAUGCCACCUGGGCCAUCGGAGAGAUCUCCAUCCAGAUGGGUGCAGAGAUGGAGCCGUAUGUAGGGAUGGUGCUCAACAGCUUGGUGGAGAUUAUAAACAGACCCAAUACCCCCAAGACCCUGCUAGAGAACACAGCCAUUACGAUUGGCCGGCUGGGCUACGUCUGUCCACAGGAAGUGGCACCCAUGCUGCCACAGUUUAUACGACCUUGGUGCCAGUCGCUUAGAAACAUCAGGGACAACGAGGAGAAAGAUUCAGCCUUUAGGGGCAUCUGCUUAAUGAUCGGAGUAAAUCCUGGUGGAGUGGUGCAGGACUUUAUUUUCUUCUGCGAUGCCGUGGCGUCCUGGGUGAACCCAAAAGAUGAUCUGAGAGACAUGUUUUAUAAGAUCUUACAUGGAUUUAAGGACCAAGUGGGUGAGGAGAAUUGGCAGCAGUUCUGUGAGCAGUUCCCUCCCCAGCUGAAAGAGCGGCUGGCGGCGUGCUACGGCGUAUAGACGCCCCUCCUCACUGACACAGGACACGCCUGUUAGGUCUAAUCUCCGGGAGGGUUACCGGGAGGGGAAUUCAUCCAUGUGUGUAUUGCCCUGCUGUUGGAGGGGGGAGGCCGGCACGAUGCU